AUGUCGAAUAACCAGUUCACUCCGAACCCUCUACGGCCGUAUUAUGUCCCUCCAGCUCACGACUUUCUCACCGGGAAGCUGUCUACGGCUACAAGCUCAUCAGCUACGACCCUUGCUUCUACAUCCGCCCGCAAUGCCGCUGCUGCUUCUCCGUCCUACAUCAGCUCCGCUACACGCGACAUGCUGUCCGACCUCGAUUACUCAGAAUAUCUCGAAACUCCGAGUGUUACUGUUAUGAUACGGGAUAUGAUCGAUACUGCCAUGAUGAGGUAUACUAGUGUGCUGAUAUUGCAGCCGUUUAAGGUAGCGAAGACGGUUAUGCAGUGUCAGUAUGUGCCUAGGCAACCUAGUGGGAAAGCUGGUGAACGAGUGGCAGGUACAGGAAGUCGGAGCAGACGGAGUAGCGAAGUCUCGCCUGGAUUUACAGAGUAUGGAGGAGAGUGGGGUGGUCAGGCAAAUGGCGAAGAUUCCGAAGACGACGAUCCACCAUAUUUCGCUUCAAACGACAAUGUUGAUGAAGCCGGAUCCUGGUCGGGGAGCCAAAGGAGGAAAAGAGAACGAGAUCCUAGUAGAGGCCGAAAGAUGACGGAUCGAAGCGGGAGGAUGAUCACCGAUGCUACAAAUGCAGCUCCUCAGACGGACAAACCAGAACAUUCGUGGCAGAUCAGUCCUCGGAAGGUUGGCUCGGUGGCAGACAUGUUGGGAGCAAUAUGGAAUAAGGAGGGUGUAUGGGGAAUAUGGAAGGGGUCGAACUCGACAUUCGUAUAUACAAUCCUGACGUCCACACUGGAGGCUUGGACACAAUCGUUCCUUUCAGCAGUAGUCAACAUUCCAGACCCUUCGAUAACAGAGGUCAUUGACUCCCCAUCCCCAAUAACAGCGCUAUGCAUUGUCGUAGCGUCUUCAGCUAUUACAGCACUUCUUCUCGCUCCGCUUGAUAUUGUUCGAACGAGAAUAAUUAUGGCGCCUUCAGACGACAAACCGCGGACCAUGCUUCCGCUCCUUCAGUCCCUACCAUCGUAUCUCUGCCCGCCAUCCCUCGCUUUCCCGACAGCCCUUCAUGCCGCACUCCCCGCCUUCAUUUCUACGGGUGUGCCUUACUACCUCCGUAUGAAUUACGGUAUCGACCCUGUUGUGCGCCCGGCUAUGUACACAAUGUGUACGUUCUUUUCAUCCACAGCAGAGCUAUUCAUCCGACUACCACUAGAAACCAGCUUAAGGAGAGGACAACUCGCUGUUGCCGCACCCAGAAAGACAAUUGUGCCAACUGGCAGUUAUUACGGGUCCUUCGGUACCCUGUGGAGCAUCUAUCAGACCGAGGAAAGCGGUGGGACGACCGGCAUCGAAGGACUAUAUAGAGGAUGGAAAGUUGGAAUGUGGGGUUUACUAGGCACAUGGGCAAUGGGAGCGUUCGGUGGGGCGACCGCGGGUGGAACCGGUGCGCCUUUCUAA